AUGCAAAUUCUGCAGAAACUGGUUUCUUUCACCAUCUAUGCGAAUCUUGUUAUUCUUCUUCUUGUACCAUUUGUCAAAUCAUCUCAAGAACUCUUGAAAACAACAGGCAGUCAUACUAGCAGCAAGAACAUCAUUCAUAAGUUAAGUCCUAAACUGCUGUUUGAGAUUACACUCCAUGGGUUUCUCCUGUGGGCCUCAAUGGGAUUCCUGAUGCCUGUUGGGAUAAUCGCUAUCAGAAUGUCACACAGAGAGGCAUGCGGAAGAAGGCUUAAGAUUCUUUUCUAUGUUCAUUCUAUUUCACAGAUGCUCUCUGUACUUCUCUCCACAGCAGGAGCAGUAAUGUCUGUAAAAAACUUCAACAACUCAUUCGACAACCACCAUCAACGAAUAGGCGUAGGCCUAUAUGGUAUAGUAUGGUUACAAGCCCUCAUUGGGUUUCUACGACCGCGGAGAGGAUCUAAAGGAAGAAGUUGGUGGUUUUUUGUGCACUGGAUAACUGGAACUGCAGUAUCUCUGCUGGGAAUCAUCAACAUAUACACAGGAUUACAAGCUUACCAUCAAAAGACAUCAAGAAGUAUACAUCUUUGGACUAUAGUUUUCACCACUCAGGUCUCUUUCGUCAUCUUCUUUUACCUGUUCCAAGACAAGUGGGUUUAUAUACAAAAGCAAGGAGUCAUUUUGGGUGAUGAACCAGUGAGGCCCACUCAUCAAGUAAUUUCUCCAGGAGAAAAGCAAAAGGGAUCAGCAACUGACUCUUGUUGA